GUUUUUUUUUUUCUUUUGUCAAUUUUCUUGGGGGGUAAAACGAGUGGUUUUCGUUCUCACUCCCAAACGCUUCCCACAAGCUUCUGGAUUUUCCAACUUUCUUUUUCGUGUAGACCCACUUCAAUGCCUCAACUCAAUUUGGGAAAAAUAAGGAGAAAUUUGGCCAGUAAUUGUUUCUCAGCGAGAGGUUUGCCAUUGGGAGAACGAGGGACCCGAUAGUGGUUUAUGUGGAGGGUAGUGGCCCGGAAUCAGAAGCUUUAAUCGCGUAGCUUGAAAGCGAUUUGAGAACACUCUCUGUACAAGACCUUCUGGCGGAGGGGGAUUGCGAUAAAUAUCAGUCCUUAUCGAGAUUUUGAAUACCAAAAGUUUCUCGGCUGGUCGUGUCUCGUGUGAUGUGGGUAUGUUCCAUUUGCUGGAGGCCGGCAGGUUCUUGGAGAAGGCAGUUAUUGCAGAAGUAUUGAUCUGAGAGGUUUUACCAGUGUGAAACAGCCCAGGUUAACUUUUUGAUCGAGUUAUGAAAUAUUCCUCUCAUGUCGUCACCAAUUCGAUAAGUUUAGGUGGGGAUUGAGCUUCUUUAACCAUGGAGGGUGCUGUUGAGACACUACCAAAAGUUGAAGCGAUCGAUAAUGAACUUCAGCUUGCUAGAUUCUCACGACACCAGCCUCGUGUUAAAGUGUACUCGUCAUCCUGGCUCGAUAUGAGAGUCUUCUAUGUCAGAAUCAGUAAUUUCCAAGUGGACGGCUCAACGCCCGAGUUCCUCACGCUCAACCAUAUCCCUCUCAGCCCGGACACCCUCUUUGAAGUGAAUGGUGUUAGAAGUAGCAGUCACUCAGAGGGAGUCUCUUCCUCUCUGAGGAGAGAUAGGGCUGAUAAGAAAUCAGAAGAAGCUACUUUUGUGACUACUGAUAGUAUAAGGUUGAGUGGAAGUGUGAAAUUUGAGGUGUAUGACAAGGAAGAUUUGAUUCUUUCUGGGGUUUUGGAGAUGUCGAAUUGCAACGGUUUAUUCGGGGAAUCGAAAGGCAAUGCCAAGAGGUGGAACAUGAGCUGCAAGUCGAAGUUGGGUGCUGGCUUCUUGAAGGUAAAGCAUAUGAUUGGAGCUGAAACCCCCGCUCCGAUGAUCGAGGUUUAUGUAGCUGGUAGCUUUUUGGGAAAUCCCAUCAUCUUGACCAAAACUUUGCGGCUAAGCUCCAGAAAGAAGCAGGGUUGGAAAUCCAUGUUGGACGCCAUACCAGAGUCUGAGACACCUGAAUCUAACGAAGAUCAAUUUCCAGAACAUGAUUUACAGGCCACAGAAUACAUAAGAUACAAACAGGACGUCAUCGAUGACGACUACUACGACAGCAACAUGUACUGGAAGAGGCGAGAGUAUUUGGAAAAUGAAGAUGGUGAACUUUCCUGGUUCAAUACAGGCGUGAGAGUCGGUGUCGGUAUAGGGCUUGGUGUUUGUUUAGGAAUCGGCGUAGGAGUAGGCUUGCUCGUCCGUACCUACCGAGCGACUACUCGGAACUUUGCAAGACGGCUCACUUGAUUUGACAAAGAAACUUGUAUAGCUAAAAUUUUGAUUGUGGAAACAUGGAUGUUUAAAGAGAGAGUGAUGGAGCAUUACUAGUUUGUCAAUGGAGAGGAAUGGUGAGAUGAUAGAUCAUUUUAAGCCUUGUAUAGUAGUGUGAUUAUGGUGAAUUGAAGCAGAAAAAUAUAUCUUUCCUUCCUUUUUA